UUUUGAUUUUUAUAAUCUGUAUUGUCCGCCAUCUUGGAAUAACCAUGGAGCCGCUGGUCAUUUUUGGGCUCAGAUUCCUCCGCAAACUUCAACUGUAACACAAGAUUGUCACCAUGUUUGUAACCUUUUUGUCUUUCAUUUAAUAAAUCAUCUUCCUGUCAAAUCUAUAUGGAAGAAAAGGUCUUAGCUGCCAUUGGUAUAUGUUCAUUUAUUGGUGUACUCACUUAUGUUUUGAGUGGCAGAAAAAAACUUACUUCAAUUGGACCUGACAGUUUAGUUUAUCCUGGUCUUGUGAACGUUGGCAAUUCAUGUUACCUCAACUCAGUCUUACAGGCGUUGGCAUCAGUCUCCAUUUUUGUUUCAUGGUUAAAACAACAUGCCCAAGAAAACAACGAUGGCAAGAACAACUUGACAAAAGAACUUUUUAAAUAUUUGCAAAUUCUUAAUGAACCAAGCUGUCGUAUGGGAGUAUCUUUUGAUCCAAGCACCAUUUUUGAAUGUCUAUAUUCUCAUGGAUGGGUCAUUCCAUCUCAACAGCAUGAUGCUCACGAGAUCUUUUUAGUAUUAUUAUCAACUGUGGCAGAAGAGCUGGCUGUGUCACAGGAAAUUCAUCAUAGAAAAAUAAUUAGUUCACCUGAGAAGGAGACAAAGUUUGAUAACAAUGGUAUUGUUCUACAAGGAGGAAUUGCUGGAUCAAAAUUACCCACUACGUUAUCCUAUCCAUUUGAUGGACUAUUCGCAAACCAAAUGACUUGUGAAAUAUGUUCAUAUAAGCAUGCUGUCAAGUUUGAUGCAUUUCAGACAAUUUCUUUGAGCUUGCCAUCCAUGGGUUUCAGGACUGAAGUUUGUACACUAGAGAUGUUACUGGAAGACUUCAUGAACUCGGAAAGUCUAGACUCAGUCAAAUGCCCACAAUGCUUCUGUGCAAGUUUACAAAGUGGAAAACACCAAAAGACUCAUUUCCUGAAGAAACUUAGCAUAGCAAAGUUGCCUUCAUGUCUAAGUUUACUUAUCAAUCGAUCGUACUGGCGAGAUGACGGCGCUCCUUACAAGAAUAAUAUGUUUGUGAAGUUCUCUGAAACAUUGAAGAUUGACUCAUUUGUGAAAUCGAAGCAACCUUGGAAUGCAUCAUCUGCUCGAGUUGUGUAUCGUCUGAUGUCUGUAAUUGUUCAUACUGGAGAUGCCAACUGUGGACAUUACGUUACAUAUAGACGAACAUCUGGUUACAAGUGGAGUGUUUCUUCAGAUGAGAGAGUUCGAUCAGUUUCUCUCGAUCAUGUAUUACACACGUCAGCUUAUAUGAUAUUUUAUGAGAAGAAAACCUAACGAAAUUAGUCGUUUAGUUUUAAAUGGAUGUCAAUGCAAUGGUAAAAGGUUCCAUUUUAAUUUAAAUUGUUAGUCUAACAAACUUAA